GGGAGGUGGGGGGAAUGGGCACGGAGACGCGCAUGCAGCCUCCGGCUGCCCCCGAGUGGUCAGCGGGCUCCGGAGCCCCAGGAGCACGCGCAAGGGGCACUAGGGGCCGUCCACCGGGCUGGGGGUCAGCGGGUCCUGGAGGGGUUGGUGCCCGGGGUCCCCGCGGCCUGGGGGACAAAGGGGGAGCAGCGCGUGCAGCCGGGAGGAGGGGGCGGGGCCGGGGCGCUGAGGCCCCGCCCCCGCCCCCUCCUCUCUUCUCGGUCUCUGAGAUUCGGGGUCUACCAAGAGGGAGGGGGCUGAUGCGGGCCCGGGGGAGGGGUCGAGCGGUCCCACCGGGCAGCCGAGGCCGCGGGAGGGGGGGUCUCCAUAGAGGAAGAGGUAGGCCCCGGAGCCUGCUCUAUCUUCCCAGGGCCCAGGCAUCCUGGGCCCCCCAACUUACUACUGGGCUGACCAGCCCUCCUAUCCCUUGUGUCCCCUCCCAGGGGGAGGCCCCCACUGAGAUGGGGGCGCUGGUGCUAGAGAAGGAGCCUCGAGGAGCCGCUGAGAGAGUUCAUGGCUCUUUGGGAGACACCCCUCGGAGUGAGGAGACCUUGCCCAAGGCCAACCCUGACUCUUUGGAGCCUGCUGGCCCCUCAUCCCCAGCCUCUGUCACUGUCACUGUAGGCGAUGAGGGGGCUGAUACCCCUGUAGGGGCCACACCUCUCGUUGGGGAUGAAUCUGAGAAUCUGGAGGGAGAUGGGGACCUCCAUGGGGGCCGCCUCCUGCUGGGUCAUGCCACAAAAUCAUUCCCGUCUUCCCCCAGCAAGGGGGGUGCCUGUCCCAGCCGAGCCAAGAUGUCAAUGACAGGGGCUGGAAAAUCACCCCCAUCGGUUCACAGUUUGGCAAUGAGGCUGCUGAGUAUGCCGGGAGCCCAGGGAAUGGCAGCAGGAGGCCCUGAACCCCCGCCCACCACAACCAACCUGGAGGGGCAACCCAAGGUCCACCGAGCCAGGAAAACCAUGUCCAAACCAGGAAAUGGACAGCCCCCAGUCCCUGAGAAGCGGCCCCCUGAAGUGCAACAUUUCCGCAUGAGUGAUGACGUACACUCGCUGGGGAAGGUGACCUCAGAUGUGGCCAAAAGGAGGAAGCUGAACUCUGGCGGUGGCCUGCCUGAGGUGUUGAGUUCUGCCCGGAGGUUGGGAGAGGUGACCCUGGACAAGGGAGACCCCAGGUCCUUGGAGGAGUGGGAGACAGUGGUGGGGGAUGACUUCAGUCUCUACUAUGACUCCUACUCUGUGGAUGAGCGUGUGGAUUCUGACAGCAAGUCUGAGGUUGAAGCUCUGGCUGAACAACUGAGUGAGGAAGAGGAGGAAGAGGAGGAAGAAGAAGAGGAAGAGGAGGAAGAGGAGGAAGAGGAAGAAGAAGAGGAAGAGGAGGAAUCUGGCAAUCAGUCUGACAGAAGUGGUUCCAGUGGCCGGCGCAAAGCCAAGAAGAAAUGGCGGAAGGACAGCCCAUGGGUGAAGCCGUCACGGAAACGGCGGAAACGGGAGCCUCCAAGGGCCAAGGAGCCACGAGGGGUGUCCAAUGACACGUCUUCUCUGGAGACAGAGCGUGGGUUUGAGGAGUUGCCCCUCUGCAGCUGCCGCAUGGAGGCACCCAAGAUUGACCGCAUUAGUGAGAGAGCGGGGCACAAGUGCAUGGCCACGGAGAGUGUGGAUGGAGAGCUGUCGGGCUGCAGCACUGCAAUCCUCAAGCGAGAGACCAUGAGGCCAUCAAGCCGCGUAGCACUGAUGGUGCUCUGUGAGACCCACCGCGCUCGCAUGGUCAAACACCACUGCUGCCCGGGCUGUGGCUACUUCUGUACAGCGGGUACCUUUCUGGAGUGCCACCCCGACUUCCGUGUGGCCCACCGCUUCCACAAGGCCUGUGUGUCCCAGCUGAAUGGGAUGGUCUUCUGUCCCCACUGUGGGGAGGAUGCAUCUGAGGCCCAGGAGGUGACCAUUCCCCGCGGGGAUGGGACGACCCCACCGGCUGGCACUGCAGCUCCUGUCCCCCCACCCCUGGCCCAGGAUGCCCCUGGGAGAGCAGACACUUCCCAGCCCAGUGCCCGGAUGCGGGGUCAUGGGGAGCCCCGGCGCCCACCCUGUGACCCCCUGGCUGACACCAUCGACAGCUCGGGGCCCUCCCUGACCCUGCCCAAUGGAGGCUGCCUCUCAGCCGUGGGGCUACCACCUGGGCCAGGCCGCGAGGCCCUGGAGAAGGCCCUGGUUAUCCAGGAGUCAGAGAGGCGGAAGAAACUCCGUUUCCACCCCCGGCAGUUGUACCUGUCAGUGAAGCAGGGGGAGCUGCAGAAGGUGAUCCUGAUGCUAUUGGACAACCUGGACCCCAACUUCCAGAGCGAUCAGCAGAGCAAGCGUACACCCCUGCACGCGGCCGCCCAGAAGGGCUCCGUGGAGAUCUGCCACGUGCUGCUGCAGGCUGGAGCCAACAUCAAUGCGGUGGAUAAGCAGCAGCGGACGCCAUUGAUGGAGGCCGUGGUGAACAACCACCUGCAAGUGGCAUGCUACAUGGUGCAGCGUGGCGGCUGCGUCUACAGCAAGGAGGAGGACGGCUCCACUUGCCUCCACCACGCAGCCAAGAUCGGGAACCUGGAGAUGGUGAGCCUGCUGCUCAGCACGGGACAGGUGGACGUCAAUGCCCAGGACAGUGGGGGAUGGACACCCAUCAUCUGGGCUGCAGAGCAUAAGCACAUCGAGGUGAUCCGCAUGUUGCUGACACGGGGUGCCGAUGUCACCCUCACUGACAAUGAGGAAAACAUCUGCCUGCACUGGGCCUCCUUCACUGGCAGCGCAGCCAUCGCUGAGGUCCUCCUGAAUGCUCGCUGCAACCUCCAUGCUGUCAACUACCACGGGGACACGCCCCUGCACAUCGCUGCCCGGGAGAGCUACCAUGACUGUGUGCUGUUGUUCCUGUCACGCGGAGCAAACCCUGAGCUGCGGAACAAGGAAGGGGACACAGCAUGGGACCUGACUCCUGAACGCUCUGAUGUGUGGUUUGCGCUCCAGCUCAACCGGAAGCUUCGACUCGGGGUGGGAAACAGGGCCAUCCGCACUGAGAAGAUCAUCUGUCGGGAUGUGGCUCGAGGCUAUGAGAAUGUGCCCAUUCCCUGUGUCAAUGGUGUGGACGGGGAGCCUUGCCCUGAGGAUUACAAGUACAUCUCGGAGAACUGUGAGACGUCCACCAUGAACAUUGACCGCAACAUCACCCACCUGCAGCACUGCACGUGUAUGGAUGACUGCUCCAGCUCCAAUUGCCUGUGCGGCCAGCUUAGCAUUCGCUGCUGGUAUGACAAGGAUGGGCGGCUACUCCAGGAAUUUAACAAGAUCGAGCCUCCACUGAUUUUUGAGUGUAACCAGGCAUGCUCCUGUUGGAGGAACUGCAAGAACCGGGUCGUACAGAGUGGCAUCAAGGUGCGACUGCAGCUCUACCGAACAGCCAAGAUGGGCUGGGGGGUCCGCGCCCUGCAGACCAUCCCCCAGGGGACCUUCAUCUGCGAGUAUGUUGGAGAACUGAUCUCUGAUGCUGAGGCUGAUGUGAGAGAGGAUGAUUCAUAUCUCUUUGACCUAGACAACAAGGAUGGAGAGGUGUACUGCAUUGAUGCCCGUUACUAUGGCAACAUCAGCCGCUUCAUCAACCACCUGUGUGACCCCAACAUCAUCCCUGUCCGGGUCUUCAUGCUGCACCAGGACCUGCGGUUCCCACGCAUUGCCUUCUUCAGUUCCAGAGACAUCCGGACUGGGGAGGAGCUGGGGUUUGACUACGGUGACCGCUUCUGGGACAUCAAAAGCAAGUAUUUCACGUGCCAGUGUGGCUCUGAGAAGUGCAAGCACUCCGCUGAGGCCAUUGCCCUGGAGCAGAGCCGCCUGGCCCGCCUGGAUCCCCACCCUGAGUUGCUGCCUGAGCUCAGCUCCCUGCCCCCUGUCAACCCCUGAGAGUGGACCAUGCAUUCCCUCCCUGCCCCUGGAUGGCCACCAGCUCAGCCUCUGCCACUGGCUGCUCGCGGCCCAUGCCUGGGAGGGCCGCCAUCCUCUCUGCCCUGCCCCUUCACACAUUCCUGGGCAGAGACCCCAGCCAGGCCCUGGAGGCCUGACAGCCCUGCCCUCCCAGAGCUGGUUCCUCCCUGGGAGGGUGACUUCAGGGCUGGCUACCCACCUGUUCCCCAUCCUUAGCUAAAGUUUGAUGAAUUGAAAUUGGGACUCUUUGCAAA